AUGGCGGCUAACUUCGACGGCGCCCAGAACCUCCCAAACCCGAAGGAAGAGUUGAACGAUCUGAAGCAGAAGUUCGCCGACCUCGGCCUCGACGACACCGAUUUUGUGGCCCUCCAAGUUAUUGGUUCACCCUACGAGAUGUCACUCCUUGUUUAG